AAAAACAAAAAUAGAAUUGGCGCCAACACAAACUUUUAAUUUUAGUUUCAUAUUUUUUCCGUAAGUGAAAAUGUUUAGGGAUUGUGUAACCAUAUAAAAGUACUGAAGCAAAAUGGAUAGAUACGUUAUUAGAGAACCGAGGGUCGGAGCAGAAUAUCCGCAGGGAAAUCAAAUGAUAGCGUAUUCAGUAAACGGAGGGAGAAAUAAUAUGAUGCCUCCUGAAAACGUUUACUAUAACAGUGGACCUUACACACAUCCGUUCCCGAACAUGCAGAAUGUUUCUACCGCAAAUUAUGUGGAUGUCGCUCAAAUGAAUACCCCAGUGUUUGGACAAAACAUGUUACCAGGUCAGACUCAAAUGAUGACGGGAAUCGACCCCAGAUAUUUGGCGAAUUAUUCUGAUAACAGCGCUCAAUUUAUAGUUACAGGCCAACAAAUGCAAAGGGAACCCCCCGCAUCACCUAUGAACACAGGAUUCGGAGCGAACUAUCUAAACACUAACUUUGGGGGCGCAGAUAGGAAUAAAGCUAAAACUUUUACUCCUCAAGUACUAACAAGUAUUAAUAGUGCUCCAGAAAGUGCUAAGAAUGCUGUCCCGUAUGAAGGAACUCCGAAAACAUGUUUCCAGCAUAAGCAAAAUAAUUAUAAGCUAAUGGAGUCAGUUCAGCAGAAUGUAACCCCCAAAAAACCUAUGGAUGUAGAAGUGAAAAACGAACCGCAACACCAAGUUUUGACAAGAAUGGACAAACUUAAGGCGCUUCACAAAAGCGGUCCGAGGGCGUUUUCCGGUCCAGUGGAGAAGGUGCUUAAAUGGCACAAGGCUUUGCAGGACAUCGGCGUUUUUGUAUUUUACGAAAUAGUUGCCAAAUGUGUGAGCGUAAGAUCUGGAGAGUCUUGUGCUAAGAUCCUUGUCAUAAGAGACGACAGCGGCCCCGCAAUGCAAGUAGUAUACUACGAGAUAGAUUUUCUUCUCGCAGAAUUGAAACUCCCCACCACCGUGAGGGUGAUAGGAAGAAUGAUGCCAGGAACCUGUAGACUUCAAGCAUUCAGUGUCCGUCCGGCGACAGGGGAUGACGUGGCCACCUUGCAGCGUCGAGCUGCAGUCGCGGCCCACCAUGUUGCACGCCUCUGUAAGGAGUAUGGAGUCAACCAGUAAUUGUUUA